AUGGAUACCACGGAGGCAGCACCAACGUCCCCAAAGCCAGCCUCUGAUGCUGGGUCCCACAAGCCAGGAAAAUUGUCGUCGCUGAAAGCCAAGAUCAAGAAGCUCCUCGCGAGCCAGAAGGAGAUGAUCAAGGACAACCAAAACUACCGCUAA